AUGAAUCCCUCUUCUUGCGGCGAGUGUGAGAUUCAAGUUGUCGCCUUCGGCCUGGACUUUGGUGACACGCACUCCGGGGUGGCGAUGGAGACCAAGCCGGCCUGCAAGCGGCACGUCACGGCUGCAGGAUAUCAAUCUGUCACCCAUGUGCCAAAGUUCCGCACGGUUCUUCACUUUGACGCUGAAGAGGACAAGCUUACGUUUGUUCCGCCUGGAAAAUCACCACCCGCGAACACUAAGGAACUUAGCCUCCAGUGUUUGAAGCAUCAUCUCAUGUGCUCAGGAAGGGCUGGCACAUUGCUGGACGACCCUGAUCUACUGAAGCACGUCGAAAGGGCUAGUAAUUUCCCUCGAUCUCGCUUCACGAGCUCAGAGAAGGUUGGUAUCUUUCUCCGCGGUAUGUGGGAGAUAGCGCUUCAACAACAAGCUUCCCUUGGCCUUUCAGCCAAUACCAAGGUCCGCCGCCUUGCCAUCAUUACGUAUCCCGCACUCUGGGACAAUGAUGAAACGGGCACCCUCCAGCGCUUUGAGGACGCUGUGGAGUAUGCAGGAAUCUUCAAGGACGCCUAUGACGUUGUGUUUUGCUCGGAGCAUCAAGCGGCCUCAAAUUCCAUAGCCCGCGAUUAUGGACAGCUUUGGCCGCGGAUGGUUGAGGAUGGUCAGCCUGUGAUUAUGGUUGAUUGUGGAGGUAUCACAAUAGACGCCGGCGUUUACAUAUACCAGCGCGACAGCCGCAACAUUUCUUUGUUGAAAGCAUAUUCAGUUCUCACAGGCCCCAAGGCAGCCGACGUGGCCUUUGGUAUACGCCUUGAUGCCAAGCUCAAGAAAAAAGGGGUCGAUCUGAACGACAUUUCUCAAAGAGAAAAAGCGCCGGCUUUGAGAUUCUGGGACUCCAAGAAGGAAGUAUUCGGGAUUGGAGAAAUUGAGGGAGCUUGUUUCAAUAUCGCCGAGCAUACCAUACACUUCCAUAGCGACGAGUUCAUCCUGAUAUUCAGGAGCGCGUCCAACAGGGUCAGCGAAAUGAUUGUCGAGCUUUGCAAGGAGGUCGAAGCCGUGGAUCACAAGCCUAUUGUCUUCUUCACUGGCGGCACGCUGUGUGGCACAUACGUCCAGUGGAUGGUCGAGCUCGAUAUCAAUCAAAAGCUUGGAGAUAGACGUCCCAAGCUCGUGUUUGGCGAGGCUGGACAGAUGAGAGAAAAACCCUUCCCUUCGUGA